AUGGAUUCAAGAAUUGCAGUAGUCUGUGUUGUUUUGGCGGUGUUCGCGGUGGACCAGACGGUCGGAGCGCCGCAAAAAGAUGCUUUAGCCGCAGGUAGUCCCCCCUACACUACCAAGUACGACCAUAUUGAUAUUGACCAAGUUCUGGCUUCCAAAAGAUUAGUCAAUAGCUAUGUCCAAUGUCUGUUGGACAAGAAACCGUGCACACCCGAAGGAGCUGAACUUAGAAAAAUUUUACCUGAUGCUUUAAAAACACAAUGUGCGAAAUGCAAUGCCACACAAAAAAAUGCUGCCCUUAAAGUAGUUGACCGACUCCAGAAAGAUUAUGAUAAAGAGUGGAAACAGCUUCUUGACAAAUGGGACCCUAAACGUGAACAAUUCCAGAAGUUCCAACAAUUUUUGACAGAAGAGAAGAAAAAAGGGGUUGUAAAGUUUUAA